CUAAACACAAACCCACAGCUAAGAUGGCAAUACCAGUGGCAGGCGCAUGGUUCUCAGCCGUCGCCGCUUUGCUCGUCCUCUUCUUGCUCCGCCGUCUCGGUCGGCCGAGGCCCAAUCUACCUCCAGGCCCUAGAGCAUGGCCCGUCAUUGGAAACCUCGACCACAUAGGCCCACAAUCUCACAGGUCCCUCCAUGUUCUCUCCCAGAAGUACGGACCCAUCAUGCACAUCUGGUUAGGCUCCAAGUCCCUCGUCGUCGGCUCCUCGGUGAAAAUGGCCAAGGCCUUUCUGAAAAUCCACGAUGGCUCCUUAGCAUCGCGGCCGAGAACCGCCGCCGGUAAGUACGCAGGUUUCGGCCACUGCAACAUAGUCUGGGCCCCCUACUCCCCAUACUGGCGCCAAGUCCGCAAGGUUUGUUUAACGGAACUCUUCUCUCCCAAAAGCUUGGGGUCCUAUGAGUAUAUCAGAAAGGAAGAGAUCAGAAUUAUGGCGAAUGAACUUUACAGUUCUUCGAGCAAAACCAUAUUCUUAAAGGAGUACCUCAACGUUUUCAACCUCAACAUCAUAAGUCGCAUGGUUUUGGGGAAGACAUACGUUAAGAAAACCCAAAAUGCUAUCAUUACGCCGGACGAGUUCAAGUGGAUGCUGGACGAGUUUCUGUUACUGAACAGUGGUUUUCUGAAUAUUGGGGAUUUCAUUCCCUGGCUUCAAUUCUUGGACUUGCAGGGAUACGUCAAGAGGAUGAAGGUCGUGAGUAAGAAAUUCGACAGGUUUUUGGAACACGUAUUGAAUGAACACGGUGAGAGAAGAAAAGGGUUUAAGGAUUACGUUGCCAAAGAUAUGGUGGAUCUCCUUUUGCAAGCUGCAGAUAAUCCCACUCGCGAGCUCAAGCUUCAGAGGCAUAAUGUCAAAGCCAUUACUCAGGAUCUUCUCAUAGGUGGGACGCAGAGCUCUGCUAUAACAGUGGAAUGGGCCAUGUCAGAGCUUCUUAAAAAGCCACAAGUAUUGAAGAAGGCACAAGAAGAGCUAGACAAAGUAGUAGGGACAAACAGAUGGGUUGAAGAACAAGACAUGGUUCAGUUACCUUACAUUAAAGCAAUCGUUAAAGAAACAAUGAGGCUACAUCCUGCUUUACCAACACUGAUACCGAGGGAAUCCCGAGAGGACUGUAAAAUUGAGGGCUAUGACCUUCCCAAAGGGACCCAAGUGGCUCUGAAUGUAUGGGCCAUAGGGAGGGACCCUACAGUUUGGGUCAGGCCCAACGAGUUUGAGCCCGAGAGGUUCAUUGGUGGCCCCACUAAGGAUAUUGAUGUGCACGGUCAUGACUUUGAGUUGUUGCCCUUUGGUGCGGGAAGAAGGAUGUGCCCUGGCUACCCUCUUGGGCUUAAGGUGAUUCUGUCAAGUGUGGCGAAUCUGGUUCAUGGGUUCAAUUGGAAGCUUCCUGGGACUGUGAAGGAGCAGGACUUGAAUAUGGAGGAGACUGGUGGGCUUUCCAUCGCCAAGAAGUUGCCCCUUGAAGCAGCGCUUGAGCCCAGGCUUCCUCUUCAUCUUUAUUCACCAGCUUAAGUGGAUAAAUGUGUGUCUGUGUGUGUUUUAUAAUUUUAUUUUAUCAGCUAAUUAUUGAGUGAGAAUGUAAAUAAAAUUAGCUGUGCUUGUAUCUUGUAUGUUUUAUUGGAUUAAAAUGUAAUUUUCAUUUCAAGGAUUUGGGUCUAUAAAAUAAAAUUUAUCACAAUUCGUAUCUUCUUUUAA